GGAAUUGCAAAGCUGACCUCUAGAAACCAAGAAAUCUCACGCGUCGGCGUCUCCUCCUCCUCCUCCGCGCCUCACUCCCCCCAACCUCCUCCUCGCCAUGGCCGCCCGCCUCCUCGCCCCUCUCCUCCUCCUCCUCCUCCUCGCUCCUUUGCCGCCUCCCGCGGCGGCGGCGGAGCCGGAGGAGGCGCGGUGCCCGAGGGAGCGGCUGCCGCCGUUCGUCGCAGCCGCCGCCGCCGCCGCGCUCCGGCCGUCCUGCCGCGCGUCGGCGGAGCGGUGCCCCGCCGAGGAGAUUAAUGGGGAGGAACUUGUCAAGGAGUUGAGUGGCAAGGAAGAAUGCACUGCCGUGCUCUUCUAUGCAUCGUGGUGCCCCUUCUCACAAAGAAUGAGGCCAGUCUUCGAUGAUCUUAGCUCAAUGUUUCCACGGAUUAAGCACUUGGCUGUGGAACAAACCAAUGCCAUGCCAGCUGUUUUAUCAAGAUAUGGUGUCCGUAGCUUUCCUUCUAUACUCAUAGCUUGUGGACCAUAUGCGUACUGGCCUGUUGGUUCUAAGGAGCUUGACUCGCUAGUUAAUGUUUACACUGCUGUAACUGGUCAAGAACCAAUUGCAUAUCUUGGUCCAAGGAAAUGGAGCGCAGCUCGAACUGGAAGCACACAGCAUGUGAAGCUUUGGAAAAGCUCAAUUAUUGAAGCUUUGAAGAGUGAGCCCUACCUAGCAUUCAGCAUCCUAUUUAUUUGCCUGAAGAUACUGGUAGCCUUCUUCCCAAAGUUCUUCUCCUGCAUCAAAGGAAUCUGGGUCCAAUACUUCCGGCAUGCCAACCUUGGCAUCCUUGCCAAACUGACCCAGCUGCUCGAAUGCGUGCCGCAUGCUGUAGACCUGAGGAAGAUCUGGAGCAAAUGCAGGCUCAUGGGUGGAGCUAUGAACAGCAGGGUGUGGGCAUCAUCUCUCGCUUCUAUGUCGUUCGGCGAGCGAUCUUCUCCCCGAGCUGCUGUUUUGGAUUAAUGGGUUCUAGCUCUUUUAACAGCGAUAAGAAGGCAUGCAGAUUCUUGAAUCGCACUGGAUGUAGAAGCUCCUGUAACUCACAUGAGCAUGUAGUGAAAGAUUUGAUCUCUGCUUGGAAAAAUUAAUACAGCGUGUUUGUAGCCUGUAAAUCUUAGGGAUACUGCUGAGCCUCUGUAAAUUAUAUGGCAUUGUACCAUUUAUUGUCGGUACCCACAUUCAGAAUCAAGACUGGGUCUGGUUUUGAGCAACAGAGCAGUCACACAGAGCAGAAAUCAGUUUUCUUAGAAGAUGUUUGUCAGGUUCACCAUUUACACAUGUAAUCUGGAGCAUGUUGGAGUAUAUCAUGUUCAGGUGCCUUUUAAGUUAACAUAAUGUAGUCUAUGCACUUACCUCUGGUAAGAAAUGUCACUUGGAUCAAUGUUUCUGUAUGCAAACCAAUGUAAAAUUUGAUA